AUGAAAAGUAGCUGCACUCUCCCUGAAGACGACCUAAAGCAUGACGUUACAUUGAUUCAUAGCUCUAAGAAAAGUGAUUUUGUGUAUAUUCGUAUGAAGACGCCGUCCCAGAUACAAGAUGAAUAUGAACUUGGUUCAAUUCUUGGUGAGGGCAGUUUCGGUAUUGUCUACUAUGGUCUGAAAAAAGCUGAUGGUUCAAAGUGUGCAAUCAAAAAGAUUUCACGCGAAAAUUCCUUCUCUGCAAGUGAACGUGCUCGACUGGACCGUGAAAUCUCCAUAUUACGCCAUGUUCGACAUCCUGGAAUUAUAAAACUUCUAGCCGUAGCCGAAUCUCCAAAAAUUGUUUUCCUAAUAACUGAAUUAUGCGAAGGAAAUUCAUUGGAUCAUUGUAUUAAACAAUUACCAGAAAAAUCUGUCUUACAAGAAUAUAUUGUGGCUGCUAUUGUUAGACAAGUAGCUUCUGCUUUGUCCUAUCUUCAUAAUCGAGGUAUUAUACAUAGGGAUUUGAAACUUGGGAAUAUUAUGUUAUUAAAUAAGGUUGAACUUGAUUUUAGAAAUGUACCUCCGGUGAAUUUUAAAACUUUUCAUAAGCACCCUGUUAAUAAUAAAAUAACUUCAGAUUCCUUGAUUAAAAAUGAUAAAGCAAAACUUGAGCAUACAGAUGUUGGGAAUGACACAUCUUCAAAUCACGGUAACACACGUACCGCUGCUACGACGACGGCAACAGCAAUAACAACAACUCGUAGUUCUGAUAAAACAAUUGCUAAUUGUAAGUCAUUAUCAAUCGAUAAAUGUUUACAUAAAACCAAUAACAAAGAUGUAGAUCAUGAAGUUAAAUAUCCUCCAAGAGGAUUACAUACAAAGUUGAUCGAUUUUGGUUUGGCUAUUGAAGUACGCAAAAAUGAAGAAGCCUUAGCUAAUCCAUGUGGCACCCCACUUUAUAUGGCACCAGAAGUUUUAAAUGGCCGAUCGUAUACACGCCAAUGUGAUCUAUGGAGUUUGGGUAUUCUAAUGUUUAUUCUAUUGACAAAUCAGUCACCAUUUACUUCACAUAGUGAAGAACAGUUAAUUGAUGAAUUAAAUAAUCUAAAUAUUCAAAAUACUAUAGAAUCAUUAGGUUAUGUAACAUCACUCGGUCAAGAAUGUCUAGUACGUUUAUUAACUAUCGAUCCAGCUUAUCGGUCCUCUGCUAAUGAACUUCUACUAGAUCCAUGGCUUUCAUACUAUCCAAUGUGUAACCCAGAUGAAAUUAUAGAUACUAUGGAUAAUAGUACAAGAACAUCAAAUGAUACAUUAAAACAAGAAGUAUAUGGACAAUUAGGUAUAUCAACAGUUCAUUCAUUAGUUGACUUCUCUAAAGGAUCAUUAUCAUUGAACACUUCUAGGCCAUCAUCUUUCAGUCGAUUUCAAUCAGCUGGUCAAUAUUCUACUACAAAUGUACUUGAAUUAAUGAAACAAUAUCAUAAAGAAUUAAAUGAUUGUAAACAAGAAAAUGAAAAAACAUCUGAAAGUGAACAUAUAUCAUAA